AUGGCCACGUUUCAUAGACUAGGCCUAGCGAUUUUGCUAGCUUUUUCGGUUUUUAAGAUUGAUGGCUUACUACACAGUAAUGGGUGUCAGUAUAAGGUAAGUGCGGUAGUUUUUAAAAUUUAAAAAUGCUUGAUUUUAACUAAUCUUGGAUCUAAUUUCGACUGAAAUUUCAAACUUUAGAUUUGGAAAUUUUUAAUUAAAAAAAUACCUUUUUUAUCGUAUAACUUGACACCCGCAGGCUGCGAAACACUAAAAAUAUCUAAUUUUUGAUUAAAAUAGCAAGAACUUUCUUUAUAAAACACAAAAUAGCAAGAACUUUCUUUACAAAACAUAAAAUGGCAAGAACUUUCUUUACAAAACAAAAAUUAGCAAGAACUUUCUUUACAAAACACAAAAUGGCAAGAACUUUCUUUCCAAAACAAAAAAAGGCAAGAACUUUUUUUACAAACCCAAAAAUUGCAAGAACUUUCUUUACAAAACAAAAAAAUGGCAAAAACUUUCUUUACAAAACAUAUAGUUGCAAGAACUUUUUUAAAAAAGCAAAAAAUUAUAGUUUAUCGUAUAACUUGUCUCCCGCGAGCUGCAGAACGCAAAAAAAUGUCGUUUUGGUCAAAGAAAUGUUAAGAUUGAUCAAUUUUAAAAUUUAUUAAGGAAGAUUUGGCCAUCCAUUUUGUAUUUUACAUAAAAAACCCAAUUUUUUAAACGAAAUUUCAUUUUAGAAUGGCCUGAUUCACGAAUGUGAUGGCACUAAACGUCGCGCAACAAAAGAAGAGAUCGGACUGGUCAAAAAACAUCGUCGUGAACAAAAACAGUUCUUUAAAGCUCAGGUAAACUAUAAAAUUUUGAAUUUUAUAACUUUUUCAAAUCUUAUCUACACCGCGUAUAUUACACUUUAAAUAUUUUUUUCAAAAUGUUUGGGUCCCACAAAGAAAAUAUGAAAAACGGAAAAAUGGUUUUUUGUAAUACUUUUUUAACCCAAUAUAAAUUUUAAAAUCUUAAAUAUAUUUUAUGUAAUUUACAAAUUUACAUAAAAAUUUUCAAAAACAGUGCUUUGGGUCCCACAACGAAACCAUGAAAAACUGGUGAAAUUUGACUACGUUUAGUAUGAAAACACUAAACAAAGUGUAACUAAACAUAUUUUGAUAUAUUCUUGUUAAAAUUUAGAAAAAACAUUUUUUUGGGUCCCACCACGAAAAAAUGGAAAAAUUUAAAGACAGUCGUAUUUUACAAUCUUUGAAUUAAAAACACUAAAAAAUAGACAAAUCAGACACAUUUUUUACUAUUUUAUUAAAAUUUUAAAAAUUUAUUGUUUUUUUUGAGUCCCACCACGAAAACCCUGAAAAUCAAUAAAGAGCCAUUUGUAAUCCUUUUUACACAAAAUUAUUUAAAAACAUUGAUUAAUUUUAUUUUUAAUCAUUAUAAAACUAUUUUUUUCAAAAGUUAUCUUAACUUAUUAUUAAAAAUGGCACCUUUUUCAGUUCCCACCCGGAUUUCCAUUCGAACAUGCACCAGCCGGCCUGGAGCACCCCGAAUUCCCGGAUCUUUGUCGUACUUGUUAA